CCAGAGCUAAGCAAGCUAGGAAGCUUUGGCUUUCUCUUCUCUCACUCCAUUCGAAACCAUCUUUGGGGUUUAGGGUUCUUAGAAUCUUUCUUUUUGAAACUACUAUUUUAGGAAAACGAAGAAAAAAGAAGGAACAGAGGAAAGAAAUGCUUCUGCGAAGCACGUCAACACCGAUUCUAAACUCAUGGCUUCCUCACACGAAGGAGUCGUCACCGGAAUCAGAUUUGGCUCUUCACUUACCGAGGAGCAGAUCGAUUACCUUGACGGCUUCGGCUUCGGCUUCGGCUUCGGCUUCCGCUUCUUCUUCGAAUUUGAUGUCUCCCAGUGACGAUUCGAUGAAGAAGAUGACCAGAGCAAUGUCGGAGAGCGAUCUCCGGGAGCUCACAGUGGCGCCGAAGCCUCCGAAGUGGAGUCGAGGUCUGAGUGUGUUGCCCAUGAUAUCUGCGGAAGAAGGAGAGGAACAAAAGAUGGCGGAUCCCGAGUUUAAGAAUCAAUCGCUUGAGCGGUUGUUCUCGAGCUCUGGUUUGGAUGAAUCUGUGAUGGAAACAAGCCAUGAAGCUUAUGCAGCUGGCGUAUGGCAGGAGGAUAAAGGAUUGGCAACCCUUACGGGUGGUGGAAUUGGUGGUGAUAGCGGUGGUAAAGGGGGAUCACAUGGUGGGGAUGGAAAUGGUUGCUCUGGGUUUUCGGAUUCCAAUCACGGGAAUGAUAAAACUGAAGUUUAUUAUCAGAAGAUGAUCGAAGCGAAUCCCGGGAACGGUCUGAUCCUUGGAAAUUAUGCAAGAUUCUUGAAAAAGGUUCGCCGUGACUUUGUGAAAGCAGAAGAGUAUUGUGGUAGAGCAAUUUUGGCGAACCCAGGUGAUGGAAAUGUUCUGUCUCUCUAUGCUGAUCUGAUUUGGGAAUCUCACAAAGAUACUCGUCGUGCUGAGAGAUACUUCGAUCAAGCCGUUAAAGCCGCCCCUGAUGACUGUUAUGUUCUAGCUUCGUAUGCUCGAUUUCUAUGGGAUGCUGAAGAAGAAGAAGAAGAUGAUGAGGUAAAGCAGGAGGAGGAGGUGAAGGAGAAAGAAAAGGAAGUUCAUGUAAUGGGGAACAUGAAUAAAAUGAUGCCAUCAGCUCGACCAUCCAAUGUCUUCCGAGGAGCAUCUCCACCUCUGGCAGCGGCUUCUUAAGAGUAGAAUCUGUCUCUGAGAGACUAGAAUCACUGUGUAUAUGCGUCCCUUUUCUUCUUCCUCUCACGCUCUUUUCUUGUAGAAAAAGUACCAUAAAAGAGAGAGAGAGAGAGAUAUGAGCCUAGUAGGACUUCGUUCCAGGAAAAACACUACUACUCAGUAGAUUUUUUUUGGUAAAACUACUAGUCCGUAGAUGUCAUUGACUGUUUCUAGCCAAAAAAAAAAGUCAUUGACUGUAAUUUUUAGCUUUUUUUUUUGUUACUUUUUAGAUAUUUUUUUUUUCUUUUAGUGGUGUGUCUUCUAGUGCAGUAGGGAGUUGUAUUUCAUGCAUUAUUGAGUGAUAGCUUAGGUUAGGGAUCACAUCAUCAUCAAAAUAAAAAUACUUAAAUUAAAAAAAAAAAUCUCAAAGAUAUUUUGAUUCUUUUUUCA